CCCUGGCAAGCUGCUCUGCUCAUCCCACUUUCAACCAGUACUGAACAACAACUUUAGAAAUGAAGCUGUUCCUGACUCUUUUGGCACUCUUUGCCGUCUCCACGGCUAAACCUGUCUCUCUGACUCACCAGCAGGAGCUCGAGUCAAUCGCUGACUUCCUCGCUACUGUUAGGAAGAUCUACGACCAGUUUGUGGAAAGAGGCUCUGACUUUGUCUGCAGUGCCAAGCUCCAGGAACUACUUGACAUAUUAGGACUUCCUGAAAAACUUGAUGGAGCUGUGGAACUUGCCCAGCAAUGGCUUUGUGGCGAGCCUGAAGCCCUAAUGUUCAACCCUCACCUUCAUGAUGCUGCUCUCCAGGGCUUCACUGAUGAAGUUAAGAGGAUCUACGCUCUUGCUAAAGCCUACGGAAAAGACCUCAUCUGUGGAUCCAGUCUUCAUGAUCUUCUGGACCUCUUUGGAGUCGAUGACAGACUUGAUGGAGCCGUAAACAUGGUUCAAGGAUGGAUUUGCGGAAGUUCUGAUGUGGUAAAGAGAACUUACGCCGUAGUCUGGAGCGAUGUCUGGGAAAAGAUCAAGUCCUAUAGUCAUGACAAGCUGUGCACCACCAAACUUCAAGACCUCCUUGACCUUCUUGGUUUCCCUGAAGCUUUAGAUGGAGCCGUCGAAAUGGCACAAAACAAAAUUUGCGGAUUCUUCUCUGCUCAAAAACGAAGCUCAGAGGUCGACUUUAUCUUGGAAGAUUCCUUCAUUGACACAGUCAAGAGGAUCUACAACCAGCUGAAAGAAUAUGGAACAAAAUUUGUCUGCGGUGCCAAGAUUCAAGAGCUCAUGGACAUCCUUGGAGUUGAUGACAGACUGGACAGUGCCGUAGCGUACGUCCAGAACAAACUCUGUGGAGAAUCUGAUGCCCUGGUCAAAAGAGACGUCCACUCAGCAGCCCUCCAAGCUUACGGAAGCGUGUUCGGAGACAUCUGGGACACUCUCAAGUCUUGGAGCCACGACAAGUUGUGCACCACCAAACUUCAGGAUCUACUCGAUAUUCUUGGUUUCCCUGAGGCUUUAGAUGGAGCUGUCGAAAUGGCACAGAGUGCCAUCUGUGGAAUCUUUUCUCUCCAGAAGAGAAACUCUGAGGGAAGCUUGAUCCUCGAAGAAUCUUUCCUUGAAACCAUCAAGAGGAUCUACAGCGAACUGAAAGGAAAAGGUAAAGAUUUUGUCUGCAGUGCUAAACUAAAUGAUCUUCUUGACAUCCUAGGACUGGACAAACGACUUGCCCCUGCCGUCAAGUAUGUACAAGAGAAACUUUGCUCUGAAUCUGAAGGUCUUCAAAGCAGUUCUCAUCUGGAAGCCCUCGAAGCUUACGCCGUAGUCUGGAGCGAUGUCUGGGAAAAGAUCAAGUCCUAUAGUCAUGACAAGCUGUGCACCACCAAACUUCAAGACCUCCUUGACCUUCUUGGUUUCCCUGAAGCUUUAGAUGGAGCCGUCGAAAUGGCACAAAACAAAAUUUGCGGAUUCUUCUCUGUUCAAAAACGAAGCUCAGAGGUCGACUUUAUCUUGGAAGAUUCCUUCAUUGACACAGUCAAGAGGAUCUACAACCAGCUGAAAGAAUAUGGAACAAAAUUUGUCUGCGGUGCCAAGAUUCAAGAGCUCAUUGACAUCCUUGGAGUUGACGACAGACUGGACAGUGCUGUAGCUUACGUCCAGAACAAAUUCUGUGGAGAAUCUGAUGCCCUGGUCAAAAGAGACGUCCACUCAGCAGCCCUCCAAGCUUACGGAAGCGUGUUCGGAGACAUCUGGGACACUCUCAAGUCUUGGAGCCACGACAAGUUGUGCACCACCAAACUUCAGGAUCUACUCGAUAUUCUUGGUUUCCCUGAGGCUUUAGAUGGAGCUGUCGAAAUGGCACAGAAUGCCAUCUGUGGAAUCUUUUCUGUUGAGAAGUAAAUGAUAAAUUUAAAUUUUUGUCGUUAUUUGGUUUGAUCAUUGCAUUUCA